GUAUUAAUUUGAGUCCGAAGCACUACACGGAAUGCGGAGUUUACUCAAGAGAGAGAAAGUGAUCAGUUUUAGGCCGGACGGGACUGAUUACAUCUGCAAAAAUGGUCGAGGCUUUCUGCGGAACAUGGAAACUGGUGGACAGUAAGAACUUUGAUGAAUACAUGGAGGCAAUAGGAAUUCCUUUUGCCACAAGACAAGUCGGCAAUGUUACCAAAACAACAGUAUUGAUCAGCGCGGAUGAGGAUAACGUGAUGGUGAGAACCCUGAGCACAUUUAGGAAUACCGAAUGUUUAGCGAAACUUGGAGAGGAGUUUGAUGAGACUACACCUGACGACCGACAAGUAAAGUCUGUCUUUACCAUUGAGGGAGACAAAUUUGUGCAUACACAGAAGUGGGAUGGGAAAGAGACCAAAAUUAUUAGAGAAAUCAAGGAUGGAAAGAUGGUGAUGACAUUAACCUUUGAGGGAAUCACAGCGGUCCGCACAUAUGAGAAGCUGGAAAGGAGGACAUCAUUUGUCUCAAUGUAAACCACCAGGAGCAGCUUUACAUUUUACUUAAACUGAAAAAAAUAAAAAAUAAAUUUUUUUCUUAUUUCAAA